AUGGCCGACAGAUACUCGUUCUCCCUUACGACCUUCUCCCCCUCGGGGAAAUUGAAGCAGAUUGAGCACGCCUUGGCGGCGGUGAACCAGGGUGUCACGUCGUUGGGAAUAAAGGCGACAAACGGAAUUGUGCUUGCUACGGAGAAAAAGAACCCGUCUAUUCUUGUGAACUCGGACUUCAUAAAUAAGAUCGACAAGGUGACACCGGACAUCGGGAUGACGUACUCGGGAAUGGGUCCGGAUUUCAGGGUGCUGGUGGACAAGUCACGGAAGGUGGCCCACACGAACUACAAGCGAAUCUACAACGAAUACCCGCCUACGAAGAUCCUUGUCUCGGACGUGGCCAAGAUCAUGCAGGAGGCGACGCAGAACGCCGGGGUGAGACCGUACGGCGUGUCGUUGCUUGUCGGCGGCUACGACGAGAACAACGGGUUCAUGCUCUACCAGGUGGACCCUUCCGGCUCGUUCUUCCCCUGGAAGGCGGCUGCCAUAGGGAAGGGUUCCAACGCCGCCAAGACGUUUUUGGAGAAGCGCUGGAACGACGAGCUUGAGCUCGAGGACGCCAUACACAUUGCGCUUUUGACUCUCAAGGAGUCCAUAGAGGGCGAGAUGAACGGCAACACCGUGGAGAUCUGUGUCAUCGGCAACGCCAACGACGACAUGCUUGGCUUCAAAGGCACCACUGGCGUCAGCGGGCCUCGGUUCAGGAAACUGACUCCCCAGGAGAUUGACGACAGACUCGACUCCUUGUGA